GCCGCUCCUUUCCCGUGAGGCGAAUCUGAGCCGCCGUCGCCCGACGACCCCGGUUCGAGUCCCCGCGUCGGACGCCAUGGCGGGCUCCGAGCCCGGGGCCCCGGGCCGGAGCGGCAGCGCCGCGCGCCUGGCCCCGCUGGGCCCCGAUCAGCUGCGGCAGGUCCUGGAGCAGGUGGCCCAGGCGCAGCCGCCGCCCUCCGUCCCGCGGGCCGCCCCGCAGUCGGGUCCCCGCGCCCAGCUCGCGCGCCCGCCGCGCCCGCUGCCGCCCCAGCAACUGGAAACCAUCUGUGUCACGGUAACGUCUGGAGAAACGAAAGGUCAGGAAGGGCCGAAGCCCCAGCUGGCCACCGUCCAUCCCAGGACAGCCCGGCCGAGCCAGCCGCCCGGGAGGCACUGCCGCGUGUUGGGGCUCAGCGUCGCCAGCCCUCGGCUGCCCAGGGCACAGCCCCUCCUGAGCGCCCGGCCGCAGCCUCCUGUCCAGGUGCUGCUCCAGAGGCCACUGCCCGCCCUCCGGCCGGUCCCUGCGGUGAGACUUGUGGCCCCCCAGGCGCCAAAUGGACUCGGCGCCACGUCGGCCCCUCAGUCAACCUCCGGCCAGCCAGCAGUAACAUCUGUUUCAUCCAGUUCAGCAAAUUUAUUUAUUUCCAACUUGCAUACAAAACACACUGAGAAACUAAAAAAACCUUUCAAAGUGAAAACACGUUCUGGGCGGAUAUCUCGACCUCCCAGGUAUAAAGCCAAAGAUUAUAAAUUCAUACGGAUGGAGGAUUUGGCCGACAGCCACCCGUCCGACUCGGACGAUUAUUCAGAGCUGAGUGUGGAAGAGGAGGAGGAGCAGCGGGACAAGCAGGCGCUCUUUGACUUGCCGAGCAGCUCCCUGAGGCCCAGAGCCUUCAGGUGUCAGACGUGUGGGAAGUCGUACAUAGGGAAGGGGGGACUGGCCCGGCACUUUAAACUCCAGCCGGGCCAUGGCCAGCCCCAGCCGGAGCCGUUGCUGUCUGAGGAAGCCAAGGGGAGCAUGGCCCGGGGCUGUGCGGAGGGCCCCACGCCCCCGGGAUCGUCCACACCAGCUCCUCUGAGUGCGGAAGGGGCCCCGUCAGCUCGGGGUGGCCCGCAGAACGGUCAGCCUAUGGAAGGGGAAGCGGCGCUGGUGACGGAACCAGCAGAUGGACGUUACUCAGCCCUUUGGGAAUCAGAGAGACACCCCGGACCUGAAAGGGGCUACGCCCCGGCCCCCGCGGGCCAGAGCCGAGCUGCCAGGAGCAGAGCCGGGCUCCAGGAGGUUCUGCAGCACUGUGGGCUCGAGGACCUCGUGGAGUUGGCUCUGCCCCGGCUGGCCCAGGCCGUGACCGUGUAUGAAUUUCUGCUGACGAAGGUUGAGAAAGGUCAUCUAGCACAGCCUUUGUUCCCAGCCGUGUACAAGGAGUUUGAAGAGUUGCAUCAGAUGGUUAAAAAAAUGUGUCAGGAUUACCUCCGUGGCCCCAGCCCACGAUCUCAGGAGCCCCUGGAAAUAAAGGAUCCAGAGACGGCGCCUCGCUGUACAGAGGGACUUCGCAGACUCAGAGGCAGGCUUUCAGUCCUUCACCUGUGCUCCUCAGGUGGCCGAGUCCUUGGGAAUCACGGAGGAAUUCCUGCGCAAGGAGGAAACACACACCGACGGCAUCCGACACGCGUGCCGUGGCCGGGAGGCCAGCCCGCCGAAGAGGGAGAACGAGACCGCAGGGGAGACACUGACUUCAGCGAAAAGGCCCAGAAGGGCAGCUCUGCCCCAGGAGCCCCCCGAGGCUUCCGCCUGCAGUGGCGGCCAGAGGACGUCCCCGGGCGGCCAGCAAGGGUGAGACGCUGUGUGGUUACGGCUGUGACUCAAGGGCCUGCUUUUCAGCCGGAGCCCCUAUGGCCACAUUUAAGAGAGCCCUGCCCUCCGGUUUCUCAAGAGCUUUAUCUCGGCUUCCCCAUGUUCUGUCGCUCAUAUGCGUCCCCAGGAAUCUCGAGGUCUUGGAGGUUUUCUUGGGUCCCGUGUUGAAAUGAAGAGCCGCCAUGUGGUGGUGGGUGAUGUGCCAGGAGGGGCCCAGGGCUCCCCCGAGUCUGGCUAGGCUUUCCGGAGACUGGGCUCCGAGUGCCCGCCGAGAUGUAGCACUUGCAAACAUGACGUAUUCUGGCUUUCAGUCCUGCCCUAGUUGGGCACCUUGAACCUGGGCAUUUUGAGAACCAUGGGAAACUCUCUUACAAGCCAGCUUCGCAGGGCCGCCCGCUGGUGCGGUCUGAUUUAAAGAGGCCUCUCCAUUCCUAACUCAUUGCUUAAUCCUGCAGGGGGGCGGGGCAGGUUUAUUCAUGAGAACAGGGAAAACUCUGACCCGCGGGACCCAGCUUCCCUGCCCACGGGGCUGCACUUCCUCCCGUGGCUCCGUCCGUCCGUCCGUCCUGGGAAGCUCCCGUCCAGGCAGCAGGAGUUUAUGUUUUCCUUUUGCUGCACAUGCGCGUGGCAGCCUGUUUGGACAAUGAGUGCAGCGCACAGGCCAUGACACAGCACGUGGGUGACUUCCUGUUUCCCUCGCCGUAAGGUUUGCCCCUGGAGUCAAUGGGACCGCCUGUCCCUGGCGUGAGGAAGGCCAGACCACACCGAGAUCUGCGGGCGACAGCAGCACGGGCUGGGCCAGCAGCUGAGAGCGCUUGCCGGGGUAGCAGCCAGGAGCCUGUGUGGGGCCCCCCCUUGCGUGGGAUGUCAGUGGGCCGGGCCUUCACGCUCAGCCCGGACAGCCCAGCCGGGGGUGCUGACCCGGAGCCGGCCGCAGCGAGCCCCACCGAGGGUGCGCAGGGACCCUCUUCAGACCUGGGUGGCGGGGACUCCGCGGCGGCUGCAUGUCCGCGGGAGGGGUGCGUCCCUGCUGCCUGGCGGGGCUGGAGCCCCGGAGUGCCGGUGAGGCCCUGCUCACGCGGCUGCGGUCCCUCCGCCGGAGAAAGUCUUGUCCCUGCAGCCCGUGUCCCAGCCGGGCCUCCGCUGUCUGCUCCGUGGGUCUCGGGCCCCGUGCGCGCAUGGACCAGUCGCCCUUCGGACCCGGCCACACACUGACCAGAGGGAACCGGAGAGCGUCGUCGCCGAGGGUGAGGCCGUGGCUUUGAGAUCACCAGCGGGUGCCAGGAGCUGUUGUCUUCCCACGUGACUGUCCUGGCCCCUCCGGGCGCCGUAGUGUCUGGGAGGCGGGCAUUGUCCACCGGCCCUGAGCGGAGCGGCCUGCCCUGCAGCCGG